AUGUUCUCUCAUGGCAACUAUUUAACACCCAAUGAGUUCAAACAAAAGGCACGAUCACAGGUGUUGCAGCAGUUUGGAAAUAAUAUAUCAUUUGUCCGGGCUCCGCCAGUGUCGUCAGCAUCAUCACUCCGAUCAGAGGUUUACAGUAGGGCAUCAAACAGUAGCUACGUAUUCAAUGAUCAAAAGUCUCUAGAGUCCAGCAAUUCGUUAGAUACACACCAUUACUACAACAAUAUUUCACUUCCCCCCUUAAGACCGUCAUUAAGGCAUUUUAUGAUAUCCAGGGUUCUUGAGGACUUAUCACAGGAAAUCUCCUUCUCAAACAAUAUCGACAAUCUGGGACUUUUGGUUUACAGUCAACUCAACAGUCUAAAUUUGACAGACGUAUUAGAUUGGAAACUCAAUACUGUGCGAUGUUUAUUGUUGCUGAGCGAGAUACCACACUGUUGGGCUAAUAAAAUGGAUCAUCACAGUAUCCCCCCAAUUCGGCUCAGUAGCAGCCAUGCAUCCAAAGACACAGUAAUACCAGAAAUUUACAAAUCAGAAAUAAUAAAAGUCCAAGAGAAGACACCACACACACAAUUUUCCAGGAUAGUUCGGCGAAAAAUUCAGGGAGACUUGGACUCACCAGUGUUCGAGUUGAAACUGCUCCCUCCCAAUCCAACAGAUUCAGAAUUCGUUGACUUUCUCGUUCAUUCGAACCUAUACAAAGAGUUCAAGUUAGAGUCCAGUUUUAAAAGACAAGUGGCUAUGGUGUCAGUCUCCAAGGCUAGAAAGUUGCAAACUGAAACAGAACACUCCGACCCUGACGAAUCUUUAGGGUUAAUCUACCUUGCAAUAGGCCUCCAGAAUUACUUUUUAAACAUUCUUGUAGCCUCAUUGACAUUAUUUGAGUUUCAUUACGCAGUUUGUGAAAUUUUAACCAAGGAAAGAAAGUUGUCUAAAGCAGAGCAUGAAACACUUUGGAAUAACAUUAGGGAAAAGAAUUAUGCCAAGAUCUCCAAACUUUGGUAG